AUGUUCGUUACAGAUGAGCGGUCGGCGUCCACGGUUGACGUGGGCGACAUCUUCGGCAAUGAUUUCGUGGUGGAAAGCGUGUUCGAUUGCCUGAGCACCGAGGACCUCUUCUCGUGUGCGGAGGUCAACCGGCUGUGGCAGGCGGCUGCCCUGUCUCGGCUGAGGAAGAGGCUCAUAUCGGUGUCCGUCUGUUGUUCUCCGGACACGGAGCAUCUGAUCGAGGAGCCGGUACCGAACAGGCUUCACGCAUGCGUCGAAAUCCUGUGCUCAAAGUUCGCUCGCUACCGGAACAUCGCACGCCUGGCCGGCAUGCGGCCAUCGCUGGUGUUUCUUUCUUACCACGCCGACCUGAGCGAGGACCCGCGUGUGGUGAACUCCGUACGCCAGCUGCUCCCUGCGGAUGCGGUCAUCGUGUACUUCAAGCUUGAGCUCGUCCGAACGGCCAAUGACACCGAUGACAACUCGCACGAGGGGGUCUUUGGCGAGUUCCUGUUCCACGUCGAGCCAGCCGCGCGACCUGUGGCAAGCGACGACGACCAACAGCAGCCAUCGCCGCCACCGGAGAGUCUUGUCUCAGGCCAAGAGUUGGGCCACCCUUCCGAAAGUGAGCCGAUGCCACCACGACGCGCGCCACGCGGUCCGGUUGCCACUACUGCUGAUGCCGGUGCGCCUGUCACAGCAGAACAACCCGCGGCGACAAAUGCACCCGCUGUGGCUGACGCCCCUGACGCGGCACCCGCCGCUGCGGUGCCGCCGGCUGCGUUGCCUCCUGUUCUUUGGCCGCGUCCCCGUCACCCACCGACGGGCAGAGGUUGCGGCGCCGUCUUCCAUAACGUGCUGCCCGGCGUGCUGGUGUUCGAAGCCCUGCACGUGACCGAAGGUACUCUGGAGGCGGACGUCGCCAACUCCUGCUUUACGGAGGAAUACAGCGGCAGGGUCAUCAAGGUGAUGUCGGUGGCCAUCUUCAACGCGAUGCAGAGCAACCGACUGGACCCUUUCAUGCGCAUCUUAGGUGACAGCUUUGGUCCGACGACCGACACCAUUGCAGUGGCGUUCCCCCGGAACCAGGACGAGGCGCGACUCGAGCUCGAUGCCUUCGAGCGCCGCUUUCCACGGGUGCCGGCACUGGCCAAUCAGGCCACGGAAUUCAACGUGGAUGGGCAGUUCGCGCCCAUUGGCCGCCUCAAACUCAUUCUGCUGCUUAUCAAGCUGCAAGAGUGA